ACUCUUUCGGCUUCUCCCUCUGUCCUUCCUUCUUGCGUCUUGCUGCCUAGUAUCUUCUGGUCCCGCAGUUGGCGGAGGCAAGCUGGAGAGUUCAAUUCUCUGGCCACGACAGUGGUGAGCAAAGGGAGAGAGAAAGAUCGAGAGAGAGAGAGAGAGAGCGGGGGAGGUAAAACGCGAACACUGUGAGAGCACACGAGCUCUCGCGGAACCAAGAGAAGCCUCUCUCCCGAUCCUUUCGGCGGAGGAAUUCUAGCUGGCGUGGCUCGGUGGCCGCCUCCACCUUCCUUCCCUCCACCCGAGUUCAUUCAGAGCCCUCCCUGGAUGGGACGGUCCACACACCACGUCUACUCGGUGCCGGGUUCCCCGCGAUAUUUUGUGACUGGCUGUCCGUGCGGUGCUCGUGUUAGCCUGUGCUCCUCGGCUCCCUAGGCCCGUCGCGGAAUAGGGAGGUCGAAAUGACCUGGUUGGGAUUGCGAUUCGUCGCAUCCGCAGUCUUCCUGGCCGGGAUUGUCAGUGGGCAAUACAAUCACACAUCAUGGUCGAGCAAUCCAUCACCGGUUGUUCCACUCGGACGAGGUGAUAUCGGGAAACCAAAUAGUACAGAUGACGAUUAUAAUAUUUCCCCACGAUGGAGAGGUAUCUUUCCAAGCAGCGAAGGUUCCGAGGAAGCAGACAGGCGGAACGUAGAUCCUUAUGACGUCGGUCGAAAUUACGAUGAUGGGUACAACAGAUACCCCGAUGGCGGUGAAUACGGUCAUAGAACUGAUGGUACCGGAGGAUAUCAAAGUGGCUAUGACGGCGGAGAUCGAGGAACCUAUAGCCAACGACAAGGUCAAGGAUCUCUAGAUCCUAACAAUCAAGGAGCCGUUGAUCCUUACGGAAGAUCUCCAGGUUACGAGGACACUUAUGGAAGAACUGGAGGAGGAGCAUCAAGAGGAGAAGGGGCAGGAGUAGUAGGAAGAGGAGGACAAGACUCUAGAGAUCCUUAUGGCGAUGGCUAUGGAGAAAAUCGCGGAUCCGGAGACCUUUAUGGCCGCGUUGAUCCUUACAGCCGUGGAUCGACUGGUCAGACAGGACGCUCGCAGGGUCAAGGAGGAUACGGCGCGGAUGGAGGCUCGGAAAAUUAUCCAAGUAGCUACUCGGUCGUGCCAGUUCCAGGAUUAAUUCCACCAGCAAAAUGCAACGGUUCUGCCUGCUGCGUGCCGAAAUGUUUCGCAGAGAAAGGUUCCAGGGGUCCACCGGGUACAAUAGGGCCACAGGGUCCCAAGGGUCAGAGAGGAUUUCCAGGAACGGAAGGUUUGUUGGGACCAAAGGGAGAGAAAGGUGAUCCCGGUCUUCAGGGACCACACGGACCGAAAGGUGAUAGAGGCAAAAUGGGUAUGCCAGGAUACCACGGUGUGAACGGUGUUCCUGGAGUUCAAGGACCGCCUGGACCUUCUGGUUUUCCUGGUCGUGACGGUUGUAACGGAACAGAUGGUGCACCCGGUCUUCCUGGCUACCCUGGAGAAAUAGGGCCUCGUGGUUUUCGGGGUGUUCCUGGUUCCAAGGGAGACAAAGGUCAAUCGGCCUUCGUUGGUCCGUUCUCUGUCGGUCAAAAAGGAGAACCGGGUAUCGACGGUGUGAGGGGACCUCCAGGACCACCAGGACCUCAAGGAGAUCGCGGCCUUCCUGGAGUAAAGGGUGAACCUGGUCCGUAUGGUGUGCACGGAACACCGGGACCAAAAGGAGAGAAGGGAAACAUGGGUCUUGGAUUUGAAGGUCUGAAGGGUGACAAAGGUAAAAAGGGAGACCCGGGACCUCCUGGAACAAAUGGUCCUUUGGUACCUUUUGUAGGCGUCCCGAAAACAGUUACGGGAGAACCUGGCGAGACAGGGGAACAGGGUCCAAUGGGACCAGAGGGUGAAAAAGGUGCAGCAGGUCCAAUGGGAGAUCACGGUACACCUGGCAAUCCAGGUCCCAAAGGAGAAAAGGGUUUGAUAGGUCCUCCGGGUAUUCGUGGUAGGGAUGGUUUCUCUGGUCCUCCAGGACCACCAGGACGUAAAGGUGAUCGAGGUUACGACGGAUUAGAUGGUCUCCCUGGUCGACCUGGACUGAAAGGAGAUGCAGGUCGAGAUGGAUCUAUGGGAGCUCCGGGAUUACGAGGACCUCCAGGUCCACCAGGAGGUGACAAAGGCACACCAGGUCCACCAGGACCGAAAGGACCUCCAGGCUACCCGGGUCCUCCUGGAAACCGCGGUUCUGAUGGAUUUCCAGGAAAUCCAGGUCCAAGAGGUCCUAUCGGUCCGUCAGGAGGCCCUGGUUCUCAGGGAAUCCCUGGUCCCGAAGGUCUACCUGGCGAGAAAGGUGGAAAAGGAGAGCCUGGAAUCACAGGAUUCCCUGGACCAACAGGACCCCGUGGAUUCGAUGGUCCGCCUGGUCCAACAGGUCCACGAGGCUUCGCAGGAGAAACAGGAUUAUCGAUUAUGGGUGCGAAAGGAAUGGAUGGCUCACCGGGUAUAGAUGGCGAGAAAGGACAAAAGGGAGAACGUGGUUACGGAGGUCCGCGUGGAUUUCCAGGAGAUUCUUUGGACGGUAUCCCAGGUCUUCCAGGUGAGUCUGGUUUACCUGGAGAACCAGGAACUUCGGGAAAAGACGGUACGCCUGGAUAUCCGGGAGCACCCGGUGAGAAAGGAGAGGUGGGUGGACGUUGCCAAGAUUGUGUGCCAGGAUCACAAGGAGAAAAAGGAGAUCGUGGUUACGAUGGUACUCCUGGACAUCCUGGAGCCCGAGGUCCGCAAGGAGAACGAGGAUUCCCCGGUGAAUCUGGUUCCGAUGGAUUACCUGGCCCAAUUGGACCACCAGGAUUACCGGGAAAAGAUGGUAUUCCUGGUGCAGCUGGUCCUCAAGGAGAACCUGGAACGCCGGCGACAAUUACUCGGAGUAUGAUCAAAGCGCAAAAAGGUGACAAAGGAGCACGAGGUGAAGUAGGAAGACCUGGUCCACUAGGUCCUCAAGGUCCUCCUGGAGAGAAGGGUGACACAGGAUUUGGAGGUUUUCCGGGUCCUAAGGGCAUUGCUGGAGAUCGUGGAUUCCCUGGAAACGACGGUAUACCUGGCAGACCAGGCAUACCAGGUACAAAAGGAGAAAGUGGUUUAAGUGUGAAAGGAGAACCCGGUGAACCAGGUAAUAGAGGUCAGGAUGGACAGAAAGGUGAACCAGGUUUAUACGGGGAGAAAGGAGACGAUGGUGUGUGCCCGUCACCACUCGAACUAUGCCCUGGCAGAAAAGGUGACAGAGGGCCUCGUGGUGAUAAAGGAGAACCUGGUCCACCAGGAAGAGAGGGAUUACCAGGUGACAGAGGUUUGCAAGGUUUCGAAGGGCCCCCUGGUGAGCCAGGAAUAAGUGGUGCACCUGGACCGGUUGGACCACGUGGAUUACCAGGUCCUCGUGGUGACAAAGGUAAUAUGGGACCAUUGGGUUUCCCUGGAGAGCCUGGUCAUCAAGGACCCAGAGGGUUCCCCGGCGUUCCCGCACCAAAAGGAGAUAGGGGUGAACCUGGAAUAUCGGUCAAGGGUAGUCCUGGAUUACCUGGUCUUCCGGGAGAGAAAGGAGAAAGAGGUCUUCCAGGACCACCAGGCAAAGAGGGUCUUCCUGGUAUGUCAGGUUUACCAGGCUAUACUGGAGAUAAAGGUGACGAAGGAAUUCCAGGAAUAAGUGGCUUACCUGGCGCUCCAGGAGAAAAGGGAGAUACUGGUAUAAAGGGACCUCCAGGUCCACCUGGUGUUGCGGGAGUUCCUGGUAUCGAUGGAAUUAAAGGUGAGCCAGGAUUGCCAGGAGCGGAUGGUAGACCAGGUCUUCCAGGAUUCCCAGGUACUAAAGGAGAUACUGGUGAACCGGGUAUCGACGGGCCAAAGGGACACCCAGGAAGACGAGGCCCACCUGGUUUAAAAGGUAGAGCUGGUGCUGAGGGUGUACCCGGUUUGAAGGGAGAACGAGGUGAAAAGGGAUCCGAUGGUUUCCCGGGAAUGCCUGGAAUGGAAGGAAAACCUGGUCGCGCUGGAUUACCUGGUCCUAAAGGAGAUGAAGGACCUCCCGGUCCUGAGGGUUCACCUGGUCUUAUUGGAUACGAUGGACCCAAAGGUGAUCGAGGUAUACCAGGCAUGCCGGGUCUCAAAGGAGAUGCAGGUCAAGUAUCAGAGAAAGGUCAGAAAGGUGAGCCGGGAAUGCCAGGAAUCCGUGGUCCUACUGGUCCUCCUGGUAGAGAUGGUAUUGAUGGCGCGAAAGGGGAAGUUGGGCUGCCUUGUGUUGGUGUAGACGGUUUGCCUGGUCCGAAAGGAGAACCUGGUAUACCAGGUCGUGACGGUUUACCAGGACUUCAGGGACAGAAAGGUGAUGCUGGAGUACGAGGAUUCCUUGGACAUAAAGGAGAUUUGGGACCACCGGGAGCACCAGGUGAACCUGGAACACCAGGAAUUGACGGGUUACCAGGCGAACGAGGUGAUACUGGUCCACUUGGACCUCGCGGUUUCCCCGGUUUGGUCGGUGAAAUGGGAGCUCCGGGACAUCCUGGAUUUGAUGGUGCCAAAGGAGACCGCGGUCUUGCAGGUGCUGUUGGAUAUCCUGGUAAUCCUGGUUUAAUGGGAGAGAAAGGUGAUCGUGGACCACCGGGGCCAGCAAUUGUGACGAAAGGUGACAAAGGUGAACCAGGUAUACCUGGACUACCAGGUAUCGACGGAGAGAAAGGAGAUCGUGGUUUGGAAGGUCUUGUCGGUUACGAUGGUGAAAAAGGAGACAGAGGUUCUCCAGGUCCAGUUGGAAAUCCAGGACCAGCCGGAUAUCCUGGCAUUAAAGGUGAUAUGGGACCUAACGGACCUCCAGGAAUCCCUGGAGCAACAAUCAAGGGUGAGAAGGGUCUACAAUGUUUGCCUGGAAAGCACGGACGACAAGGAACGCCAGGUCGACCGGGAGAGAAAGGAGAACAAGGGUUCCCUGGUUUACCAGGACACAAGGGAGAUCAGGGUCCUCAUGGUCCAAUUGGCCCUCACGGUGAAAAGGGUGACAUGGGUCUUAUGGGUCCUCCUGGUCUACCAGGUAACGAUGGAAUUCCAGGACCUAAAGGUUCGCCAGGUUUCCUGGGUGAAAGAGGCGACAAAGGAGACUCGGGUCCAGAAGGAUUGCCUGGUAUUCCAGGACAAAAGGGUGAACCAGGAUUCCCAGGACAGAAAGGAUUGGCUGGACUAACAGGGGAGAAAGGUGAUAGAGGUUGGGACGGAGCGCCAGGUUUAGUUGGUGCUGUUGGAGAGAAGGGCGAUAGAGGAUAUCCUGGGCAAGUAGGAUUAAUAGGUCCUGUUGGUAGUUUUGGUCAAAAGGGUGAUAAAGGCGACGAUUGCAUUGAUUCACCACUGGGACCGAAAGGAGAUCGUGGUUUCCCUGGAAUUGAAGGUCCGCGAGGAGUACCAGGAGAAAAAGGACCUCCAGGACCACCAGGAUUCCCGGGAUUGAACGGAUUGAAAGGCGCACAAGGACCUAUGGGACCUCCAGGCCCAGCUGGCACACCAGGUUUAUCGGGACUAACUGGUCCACCCGGUUUGCCAGGUCUCCAAGGACCUAUAGGUGUACCGGGACCUGCCGGAGAACCUGGAAAACCGUGUGACGCUCCAUCGGAUUAUCUCACUGGUAUUUUAUUGGUGAAGCAUAGUCAAAGUCAGUCGGUGCCUCGUUGCGACGCAGGGCACAUUAAACUUUGGGAAGGAUACAGUUUACUGCACACGGAUGGUGAAGAAAGAGCGCAUUCGCAAGAUUUAGGUUAUGCUGGAUCGUGCGUACGAAAGUUUUCGACGAUGCCGUUCCUCUUCUGCGACGUGAACAAUGUCUGUCAGUACGCCAGCCGCAACGAUCGUUCUUACUGGUUAUCGACCAAUAGUCCGAUUCCCAUGAGCCCUGUCCAAGAGACAGCGAUAGAGGAAUACAUCUCCAGAUGCGUGGUAUGCGAGGUUCCAGCGAAUGUAUUAGCCGUACACAGCCAGUCAUUGAACAUUCCAGAAUGUCCAAAUGGAUGGACCGGUCUUUGGAUCGGAUACAGUUUUAUCAUGCAUACCGCUGCCGGUUCACAAGGCGGAGGACAGUCUCUGUCCAGCACUGGAUCUUGUCUGGAGGACUUCCGCGCGACGCCGUUCAUCGAGUGCAACGGCGCCAAAGGACACUGCCAUUAUUACGCGAACGAGUUCAGCUUUUGGAUGGCCACCAUUGAGGACAGGCAACAAUUCCAAAGGCCCGAGAAGCAGACGUUGAAGCCGGGUAACCUUAGGUCACGAAUAAGUCGCUGCCAAGUGUGUAUAAAGAACACGUAAAUCCAUGUAAAUCCCCAACGCGAACCCGCGUGUUUACUCUUGCUCUCUCUCUAUCUUUUUAUCUCACGUACACCCCUCUCCUCUUCAUUCACCCCUUUUUUUUACCGUUGUUUCGCGUUUCCUUACUUUUCGAACGACAGCGAUAAUUACACCAGCAUCGCCGAGCAGAACGUUGGAGAAUAAGAAACGAGAAGGAAAAAAUCUGGAAGAGAACGCGACAAUCGUUCUAUACGAGCGACGCUUUCUGAUAAGAAUUCGCGACGGCCGUAUCGAGAUAAAGGGAACCCCGAGAUAGAGAGAAAUUUCGUUUUUUCCUCCUCUUCCCUCGUGUUUCCGCCAUUUCGAAUUCUACCGCGGGAUAUCUUGUCUUCGUUUAUUUUAAUCCCGUCUCCACCUCUCUCUUCCCUUCGUCCCUUCUCUCACUCUUUCUCACGACUCGUUCUUCGUUCUUUUGUACACGUCGCGCUUUUUACCUUCUUUGUUCAUCUUUUCUCUCGUCGAGAACCACUUUUUACUCGCGGUUUUACUGCCCGGUUUUUGAAUUUCCCGCGAAUUGCUUGCGCCCCACUCCCUCAUCCAUCCCCACACACACAUACACCUUGAUCUGUGUU